AUGAACUUUAGAGGCAAGGUUUUGCUGAACUACGGUAACAAUGAACAGUUUUAUGAUGUGGCAAGGGAGUAUAAAGCUCAUUGGGGAGAGAAGUUGUUUGUUGUGGAUGAGUCUUUAGCAAAAUUAUUCAAGCACGCUUCAAGGAAAAACCAGUAUAUCCCUGCCCAAGAUUUGAAAAUCAAAGACGUUAUAGUUAAAGAGGUUGAAGCUGAGUAUGUGAAAUUCAGGUUCAAUUCAAGUCUUCUGACCAGGUUCAUGCUAGGAAAAGCUUCUCAUGCGGCCACUUUGGGACAAAACCCCACCCAAUUGAAAGAAUUCACAAACCGAAAUGUAUUUGCGGCUAAAGUAGGUGGAUUUAUUACAUCCAUGCAAUGGUUACUGGAUAGUUUAGAUAAGGAGGAUGGUAUAUCAUAUUUAGCAAUUGGAGUUAUUAGUGGAGAAGAAGGGCUUUCUGAAGUCAAUGCAAUCAACCCUGAGUUGAACGUAUUUAACAACGUCCCCCAUAAAAGUAUCCAAUCAUCUCUUCAGAUAUGGAAAUACAGUGCACCUUCAAACGAACUAGAACUCGAGCAUACAUUGGUAACAUCAAGUUUCGGAGCUGCUACUGAUGUGCAAUGGGUGCCGGUAUACACCGACCAGCAAGUAUUAGGUGUAUUGGGUUGUGUCUUCAAGAACGGAGAAAUUCACUUACUCAAAAUUAAGAAUGAUUUACCGAUGUUCUGUGUCGUUCAAGAACCUUCCCAUAAAUACCAAUCAAACAGAAAUGGGUCCUCCAAUUUAACGUGUUUUUCAUUUGUUGGAGCAGACAGACUAUUAUCAGGUACUGCUGACGGAUAUGUAAUGGAGUUUGAGCUACCGCUACGCCAGGAAGGAGAUCUUUCAAUACCCAAUUUCAAAACUUUUCUUUCUGAUGGUCCUAUCUCUAGUAUUGUGUCUGUUCCUAUUUCUACUGGAGAGUAUAUGAAUAUCGUCAAUGGACAGGCCUACCGAGGGAUGGCUUAUUCGACUCAAGGUCCUUUAGUCAAUACAUUUUGUCCUUUGUCGGAAAAGUCAACCAUAAAACCAACCUACAACUAUAUUUUACAGGACGUUCUUCUUGCACAUAAUACUGAAAAUAGCAACGUCUUAUGCCUCCGGUCGCUACAAGAUACGUCUUCAACCAUGCUAAGGCUUAAUAGUCAUAUGACGACUUCCAAGUUAUCUGAAGUCAUAGGUCAUCCAUUCAUGUUAACGGGUACAGAUGCAGGUGAUAUUAUAUUGAUGAACUAUACAAGGAAAUUUUUUUCAAGUAAAGGAGGUAAUAAAGUGUUGGUUCCCUUGAAGCUAUGGAAAUUCACUCUAGACAGAACCAAUUCCACAGUGGAGAUAUCAGCAGACUACGAAAGAAUGGAUAUAGAAAGUGCAAUUCAAGCGUCUUAUAUGCCGUCAGAGACUAUGAUAAGUGCCUUAGCAUGGAACGAAAAUAUAAUCGGUAGUUCAGUCUACGCUGCUGGAACAGCUUCAGGUAUUUUACUCGUCGAAAGAUUAGACCCCAAUUUUCAAAACUAA